UUUUUUGGCGCGUGCUUUCUUCUUCGUUGUUUUGGUUUAGGCUCAGAAAUCACAAAAAACGGAAGAUUUCCAUUAAAUUUGGGUAUUAAAUUCGAUUCCCGGCGCGAUAAGAACAAACUCAAGUCGUUUGCAACUUCCGUCGUUGUUGCCGAUAGGAAAGAACGCCUUUCCGGUCGUGUAAAGCGUGAAAAACUGCAACUACGAAUCCACAAAAGACUAGAGUGAAACCACGAAAAAGGAUUCUACCUUUUUCUUGUCCUUUGGCUAAAAAGGAAGCUCGCUAAGCAAUAAACCUACUUUCGAGCAACCCCAGAGAGUACAAAAAGCAGGAUUCAAUAGCCGUACUGGGAUAAAUCGUAGCGGAAGAAAAAGUAGUUUACCGCAAACCUCGGAGUCACCGAACUCGUCCUGCGAUUCAACAAAACAUUCCUAAUUUUCGACGAACAUUAGGAAAAUGGGCUUCGUACAACGGGCACUGUUCACUUGGUUCAUCCUGGGAGUGUUUCUAGCGGUGCUAUGCUUUCGACUGGAGAACCGCAUCUACUGGAAUUGGUUUCUCGUCUUCAUCCCGCUGUGGCUGUACGAUGCCAUACUGAUUACCUGGGCCGUGAUUGAGAUCGUACAGAGACAGCACGCAAACCGGCUCGUUCUGCUGCAGCACUAUAAGUAUUACGGGUUCGGGAUUCUGCUGAAAAUACUGUCCCAGAUUGGCAUCUGCCUGAAGCUCGAGUACAAAUGGAUACCGAUGUACGCGAUGAUGAUACCGAUCUGGAUGCUGCUCCUGAUGCUGAUCGCAUUCGUCGGGACCCAUUUACAGCCAAAAGCGCGCCCCAUCGGUUCGAACCGCAGUAACCGCCAGUCGGCUGCCGUCUCUUCCUGAGGGUAUUUGAAACUUCGCGUUUGCGAGUUUGAACCGAGCGCAGAUGAGUGAUGAUGGCAAGUGCUCAUCGUAAACUAUGCGAGGAUACGCGGUAUCGCUCCUAUGGAUGGCGGAUACCCGUACGAAACCGUUAAGUGAAUAGCUAACAAACGUACUCGCUGCUUUAUAGCUGAUAGCGAAAAGGAGCUUGCAGCAUGAAUUGUAGGCAAGAGCCCACAUGUUAGCUUAUAGGAAAAUCUAACUAUAAUAUUAUACCCGUAAGCUAAAAACCUAAUAAACACCAAAACUACGAAUAAU